UCUCCUCUUCCUCUUUCGCCCUCUCUUUCCGCGUUAAAUACCCGUUAAAGCCCGUCCUCGCCUUAGGCCUCAUGGAAGGAGGGAAAGUCGGCAUUGUCGAGCUGACGUCGUCGUCCUCGUCGAGCGCCUCGCCCGAGGCCUCCUCGCAGGGGUCCCCGAGGCCGACCUACCUGGCCAUGGUCCUCGAGGCCGUGCUGGCCCUGGACGACCGCCGAGGCUCCUCCAGGCAGUCCAUCGUCAAGUACAUCGCCUACCAGUUCGGCCUGGACGCCAAGAAGUCCGGCGGGCGGGUCAACCAGGCGCUGAAGAAGGCUCUGGAGAUGGGCAUCCUGCGGCAGACGUCGGGGUCGGGCGUCGUGGGCUCCUUCAAGAUCGGCAACAUGGACGUGCCGCCGGGUACCGUGGCCCGGAAACUCCUCGGAAAGCCCUCGUUCGUGAAGAACAUGCCCGCGACCAGAGCGAAGGCCAAGGGCGCCGCCGCGAAGGCCGCGGUGAAGAGCGCCGCCGCGAAGGGCGCUGCCAAGGCGGUCGCCAGGAAGAGAGGCGCCAAAGGAGCCUCGAGCAAGACCAAGAAGUCCCCCGUGAAGAAAACCGCCACGAAAGCCUCUGCCAAGAAAACCGCCACGAAAGCCCCUACCAAGAAGGCCGACAAGAAAGCCCCUGCCAAAAGGGCCGCCAAGAAGCUGCAGGAGAAGAAGGCCGCGAAGGAGAGCCCCGCCAAGAAGGCCAAGAGCAUGGCCAAGAAGCCCGUCCCGAAGAAGGCCAAGAAACCCUGAUUGGUCCGUGUCGACUGAAAGGAACGUUUUUCCCAGAAUUAUUUGCCAUUUUCAUUUGUAUAAACUUGGUUCUUUUGAAGUGGUGAACUUGGAAUUUGCUGUGGUUAGAAUUCGCUUUUCUUUGGCUCGUAAAUGGCAAUAUUUUCAUGUGAAUUAUUUACAUUAAGCAAAAGUAUUUUUAAGUUUCUCGUUUCUAUUCGUGUCCUAAUGUGAGACUAAAUUUCGUUAGAAGUGAAAUAAAGGCAUUUUAGUAA